AUGGUCAUCGAGAAUGCUUCUUCGACAACACCCACCACUCUUUUCACUCGCGUUAAAACCAUAGCCUCUUCUUUAAAGAUCAAACAUGUCAUAGUCGAUUUUGCCAUCAAUAUCAAGAAAAUUGCGGAAGUUGAUUCAAGAAGGAUUACACACUCGUUGAAAGUGGCAUUAGCCAUCAUAGUGGUCUCCAUGAUUUACUUUGUACAACCAUUUUAUAACGGCAUGGGUGAAGCUGGAUUGUGGGCUAUCUUAACUGUCGUUUUGGUUUCUGAGUUUACUGUUGGUGCAACUUUAAGUAAGGGCUUGAAUAGAGGCUUUGCGACUCUCCUAGCGGGUGCAUUAGGCGUUGGGGCUGAAUCGUUUGCUAGCGUAUUCGGGCCAACGAUUAAACCCAUUAUUCUCGGUUUCCUUCUCUUUCUCAUAGUUGCUCUUGCCACCUUUUUAAGAUUUGCUCCUAGCAUUAAGAGGAGGUAUGAUUAUGGAGUUCUGAUAUUUAUACUGACUUUUGCUCUGGUAUCUGUAUCGGGUUACCGAGUUGAUAAAAUCUUAAAGCUGGCUCAACAACGGUUCACGACUAUAGUCUUAGCUGGUGCAAUGUGUGUAAUCAUCUCCAUGUGUGUUUGCCCGGUGUGGGCAGGUGAGGAACUUCAUAAACUCAUUGUUAACAACUUGGAAAAGCUAGCUAGCUUCCUCGAAGGAUUUGGAGAUGAGUACUAUAGAACUUCUAACGGUGACAAAUCUUUUCUUACCGCUUAUAAAAGUGUCCUCAAUUCUAAAGGGACCGAGGAAUCAUUGACAACUUUUGCAUGGUGGGAGAUUGGGCAUGGAAAAUUUAGAUUUCGUCAUCCAUGGAAAGAGUACUUAAAAGUUGGGGUUUAUACACGAAAAUGCGCAUACCAUAUCGAAACCCUAAACGGACAUCUCGAAGCAAAAGAUGAAGCACAUUCCAAAUUUAAGGAAGCAAUUAAAGAACCAUGCAUGACAAUGAGCUCAGAAGUUGGAAAAGUUUUAAAAGAAUUAGGAUCGUCGUUGAAGCUAAUGAUAUAUCCUUCUAGUUCCGCCGUUCAUAUAAAAAACUGCAAAGAGGCAGUAGAGGAACUCAACACCGCAUUAAGAGCUUCAAUGGUAGCAGAAUAUGACAUACAAGAAAUCAUACCGGUUAUUGCAUCCACUUCAAUACUAGUUGAGAUCAUAAAAUGUGCUGAAACAAUAUCUGAGGCCAUAGAAGAACUUUCAAAACAAGCCCACUUUCUUAAUAUUGGUUUACCCCAAAUGCUUGUUAGUGGUGGAGAAGAAGAAUCAAUCACUAUCACCAUCUUAUAAAAUGAUGGAAUUCCUAAAGAAUUAGAUCUUGAUAAAAGCAACCUAGACAUCAAGUAAUUUCAUAACAUGAAUUCCAAAGGAAAUAAUAUAUGUUUCAUAACAUAUCUACAUAACAA